AAACUGGAAACAGUAAGAGGAGAAGCAGCCUUGCUCGGCUUGGCCCAUCGCAACGCAACACAACACAAAAAAAGAAAGAAUGAAUGCCCAAUUUCAGAGCUUGUUCGAAAAUGUGUGCCGGUGUUUCGGGCACACUCCUACCAGCCGGGGUGGAGGACUAGCGGGGGAACCACUGGAAAUAUCAGAGGGAAGCAAUGACAAAACGAGUGGUAGCAAGAAUAACAAAGACCGUAAAAUAACGCAGGUCAACUCGCAAGUUUCUUCUCACGACGGCAAGAGACGAACGAAUCAAUUGAAGCUUAACGACAAACAAUAUGACGAGCUAUUCGAAAAGGCACAAAACGCUAGUAGUGGUAGAAAAAAGUCGACRCACAAGCAGACCGCUAGCGGUGCGCAAAGCCGUUCCUCGUAUGGGCAACCGCCGAGGCCUGACGGGAGCGGAGGCAACAAGAACCGGAGCGGUGGCAACAGCAGCAGCAAGAACAAUAGCGACAUUGACAACGAGACUGCUCAAGCUCUUGCUCAGGCCAAGCAAGCGGCCAAUCCACCGAGGUACCGGAUCAAGCGGAAACGAUCCUCCCAAACUCGUGAGGAAAUAUUCCGCCACAAAAACGGAAUGAGCAACGGGCAAAAGCCCCAAAACAGUUCCAGGAAGAGCAGCAGCAGUAGUACAAAGGGAGGACCUGCAACGGAUUUCUCCAGGCUGCUAAAUCCCUCGCUGGCCCUUUGCUUUGCGACUCCGGUUCGGGGAACUGAAGAAGAACAAGAGGAACAGGACCUAAAAAGCGUGGAUUGCUCUGAUACGGCAACCCUCAACACGAACGGCGAGGAUACCAUUACGUCCACGUUGUAUUUCGAUUCCAAAUAUGCGCACAUCCAGGAGUCAACGCCACCAAUGGAACUCUUCAAUGAAUUCAAACUAGGCCAAGCGAAGGAUGAAAUCCGCACCAUUAUGGCCACGGACUCGCAUUCGAGUGUGCGUAUGAUGCAAAUUUUGCAGCAGCAGCAACAUUUUCAACAGCAAAACCAGGGACGAGAACAGCACCGUCCUGUGGAAGGAGAUGUCGGAUUAAGCAGCAACAGCAAUAGACAGCAGCUUCAUCAACAAGAACGGCAACAGCAGGCACCCGGCUCUCAGCAACUCAAAACUGGUCGAAGCAGCCGAGCUACAAGCCAAAAAACGACAACACAACCGCCAGCUUCCAGCACUGCCAACACCAACACCACUUCUACAAAGCAAUCUUCGUCGCGAAUGAUAAAUGAGCCAAUAAAAACUAAAAGCAACGACGACACCCAGAACCAACAGCUCCCGCCUGGAAGUAACAAAAAGCAAAUUAAAAAACAAAUACACAACCGCAGGGACGAAGAAAUGCAGGACGUCGUUCCGGACGUGAAGCCGCUCUCCAGUUCUACUGAUUCCUCGCGGUUUUCAACCACCCCUGCAACGAGGCAGUACUGAGUGCGGGUGUACAAUUUUCAGCACACCUUGAAAUGGUUGGAGUUGGGCGUUGAUUGAUGCACAGGGGCUGGGGCGUCGUGAUAGCUAGUAGUGUGGCAGAGCAUUCUAUAAAAACACACGCAAACA